AUGAGAUUAAGAACAUUAUCACUAUACUUUGUGAUGCUUCAAGAAGAGAGAAGCUCCAAUGGUGAAAUUUCCACCGAGGACGCCAGUUGGGAGCAUCUAGAAGAUCCAGGAGGAAGCAAGAUAAGUUCACACCAGCAUAACAUCUGCAACCCUGAAGUAGUUAAGAAUAGGCAGGAUGUCACAAUUAGCUAUUGCUGCAAGAAGGCGUGGGAUGAAAUAGCUCAUUUGCAAAGGUUGGUUUACUUCGGAGUUGUGGACAAUGAUAUGUUUGGUACGUUCCCUUAUUCCUUUUACAAUAUAUCAUCAACUCUGAAGCGCAUUGAAGUUGCAGGUAACCGACUUAAUGGCACUCUUCCAGCCAACAUAGGCCUCACUCUCUCUAAUCUCCUAUCCUUGAACAUUGCCGGUAACGAAUUCUCUGGUCUGAUCCCAGUUUCACUAUUCAAUGCUUCCCAGCUUGAAUUUAUUGAUCUCUCCUUUAACAAUAUCGUGGGACAAGUUCCAACUGAUCUAGGCAACCUGCUAAAUCUCUCUGUUUUAGGUGUUGGUGGAAAUAAUCUUGGAAGUAAUUCGGUCAAGGACUUGGAUUUUUUAACAUCUUUGGAAAACUGCACCAAACUUAAAAGGCUAGGUUUUUUUGAUAACAAUUUCGGAGGUAGUUUACCUGAUUCUAUAGGAAAUUUGUCGAAGCAAGUUAGGGCUUUACAUAUUGAUGGCAAUCAAAUAUCUGGAAUUAUUCCUGCAGCAUUAGAGAAUCUCAUCAACUUAAGUCUUCUUAACAUGCAUGAAAACUUGUUCACAGGACCCAUUCCCACUAAUUUUGGGAAGUUUCAAAAGCUCCAAGGAUUGGGUUUGAAUGGAAACAGAUUGAGGAGAAAAUCAAAAAAAGAAUCAUCUUCUACACUCCCCAAAACCAACUUUCUUUCAAAUGCUUCAUACAAGGAGCUCUAUCAAACUACCGACGGAUUUUCUCCUAGCAAUUUAAUUGGAUGUGGUAGUUUUGGCUCCGUAUAUAAAGGAAUUCUUGCUCAAGAAAAAAGGAUGGUUGCUGUGAAAAUAUUGAACCUUCAACAGAAAGGAGCUUUCAAGAGCUUCAUGGCAGAAUGCAAUGUGUUAAGAAAUAUACGGCAUCGGAAUCUCGUGAAGAUCUUAACUUGUUGCUCAAGCAUGGACUAUAACGGCAAUGAAUUCAAAGCACUAGUUUACGAAUUCAUGACAAAUGGAAACUUAGAUAAGUGGCUGCACCAUGAUAGAGACAAUGAAAGUCCACCAAGAUAUUUGAACCUCCUUCAAAGACUAAAUAUUGUGAUUGAUGUAGCUUUUGCACUACAGUAUCUUCAUGAUCAUUGUGAAACGCCAAUCAUUCAUUGUGAUUUGAAGCCAAGCAAUGUUCUUCUUGAUGACGACAUGAUUGCUAAAGUAAGUGAUUUUGGUUUGGCAAGGAUCCUCUCUACAACAAAUGAUGCUUCCCAAAAUCAAACUAGCACAGUUGGAAUAAAGGGUACUAUUGGCUUUGCUGCUCCAGAGUACGGAAUGGGUGGUGAGGCAUCAGCACAAGGAGAUGUCUAUAGCUAUGGGAUUUUUGUGUUGGAGAUGUUCACGGGAAAGAGACCCACUGACAAAUUGUUUAAAGAUGGUUUCAACCUUCAUAAUUUUGUUAACAUGGCAUUGCCAGAAAAGCUUGGGCAAAUUGUGGACCCAAAUCUUUUCAAAAGAGAAGUAAAUGAAUUAGUAGUGGCAACAGAAGAAGAUGGCUACAACAACAAUGAUCACAAUGAUAUUGAGGCAAUAGAAGAAAGUGUUCAUAUUGAGAACCUAAGCCAGAUAACUUCUAAUGUGCAGAAGUGUCUACUUUCAAUUUUUCAAAUCAGCCUUGCUUGUUCAUUAGAAUCGCCAAAAGAAAGAAUGAACAUGGGAGAUGUCACAAGGGAACUACAUCGGAUCAAAAAUGCUUUUUUAGAGGUUGCAAGCCAUGGAUAA